CUCAGUGGAGCUCGAGCAUCCUCCUCACCAAAGGCAGGGAGACAACAGAGCCAUUUUGACCGCUUUGGUGUGUGAAGAAGCGGCCGACCAUCCAAACAACCGACCGGGCCACCUUCCUGGGUCCCCACUCAAGACAGGGCAGAGGGGGCGGGUUGGCGGGCACAAGACACUGUCGGCGGUAACCUCAGUUUUCAUGGAGAGGAGAGACUGUUAGCAGGGGCAGUGCCAGACCUGGAGGAGACCAGAGGAGGUGGAAGUAGCUACGGGGGCUGGAUAAUAAAGCAGGAGCACGAAAAACACGGUCUCCACACGGGGGAAGACGUUAUUGGCACUGCAGAGACUUGUGGGCCCUACACCUGGGCACUAAAGAAGGUGCUAGGAAGACAGCACCAUGGCAGGGGCCUCUGUGAAGGUGGCGGUGCGUGUCCGCCCCUUCAAUUCAAGGGAGAUUGGAAAAGAAAGCAAAUGCAUCAUUCAGAUGUCUGGAAACACCACCACCAUCAUCAACCCCAAGCAGGCCAAAGACAACAAGAGCUUCAACUUUGAUUACUCCUACUGGUCCCACACCUCGCCCGAGGACAUCAAUUUUGCCUCUCAGAUGCUAGUGUACAAAGACAUCGGAGAGGAAAUGUUGCUGCAUGCCUUCGAAGGAUACAACGUCUGCAUCUUUGCUUAUGGUCAGACGGGCGCUGGCAAGUCGUACACCAUGAUGGGGAAACAGGAUGUCAAAGAUCAACAAGGAAUCAUUCCCCUGAUGUGUGAAGAUCUUUUCACAAAGAUAAAUUACAAUGCAGACAACAGCAUGUCUUACUCUGUGGAGGUAAGCUACAUGGAAAUCUACUGUGAACGUGUGCGGGACUUACUGAACCCCAAAAAUAAAGGGAACCUGCGUGUUCGAGAACACCCUCUGAUGGGGCCUUAUGUUGAGGACCUGUCUAAGCUGGCUGUCACCUCCUACAAUGAUAUCCAGGACCUGAUGGACUCUGGCAACAAGGCCAGGACUGUGGCUGCCACCAACAUGAAUGAGACAAGCAGUCGCUCGCAUGCUGUCUUCAAUAUCAUAUUCACUCAGAAACGUCAUGAUGCUGAGACUGAUAACACCUCUGAGAAGGUCAGUAAAAUAAGUCUGGUGGAUCUGGCUGGCAGUGAGAGGGCUGAUUCUACUGGAGCCAAAGGGACCAGGCUUAAGGAAGGAGCAAAUAUAAACAAAUCUCUAACUACACUGGGGAAAGUCAUCUCUGCUCUGGCAGAAGUGGACUCUGGGUCGAAUAAGAAUAAAAAGAAGAAGAAAGUGGAAAGCUUCAUCCCCUACAGAGAUUCAGUUCUGACCUGGCUACUGAGAGAAAAUUUGGGGGGGAAUUCUCGUACUGCGAUGGUAGCAGCCCUGAGUCCAGCUGACAUCAACUACGAUGAGACCCUCAGCACCCUCAGGUAUGCAGACCGCGCCAAACAGAUUCGCUGUAAUGCUGUAAUCAAUGAAGAUCCCAACAACCGAUUGGUGCGCGAGCUGAAGGAGGAGGUGUCUCGCCUGAAAGAUCUCCUCUACGCCCAGGGCUUGGGUGACAUCAUUGAGACAUAUCGAGCAUCUGGUGCUGACAUAGAGGGUUUGAAAUACGUAUCCGAUUACAAGAACAAUAACAAUAAAGGCCAAGCUGUGAAUCAAAGGGAUGAUCUCUCCACAGUGACCAAUGCCAUGACGGGGAUGAGUCCCUCUCCGUCUAUCACAGCCUUGUCCAGCCGCGCCGGAUCCAUUGCCAGUCUGCAUGACCGCAUCAUGUUCAGCCCAGGCAGCGAAGAGGCCAUCGAGAGACUGAAGGAAACAGAGAAAAUCAUUGCUGAACUCAAUGAGACUUGGGAAGAGAAACUUCGCAGGACAGAAGCCAUUAGAAUGGAAAGAGAGGCUUUGCUGGCAGAAAUGGGUGUAGCAAUGCGAGAAGAUGGUGGGACAGUUGGCGUGUUCUCUCCUAAGAAGACACCUCAUCUAGUGAACCUCAACGAGGAUCCUCUGAUGUCUGAGUGCCUGCUGUACUAUAUUAAAGACGGGAUCACCAGGGUAGGACGCGUAGACGCCAGCAGUCGUCAGGAUAUAGUCCUCAGCGGCCACUUCAUCAAGGAUGAGCACUGCACCUUUACCAGUUCCACUGGUCCAAUGGGAGAAACAGUUGUCCUGGAGCCCUGUGAAGGAGCUGAGACAUAUGUCAAUGGCAAAAGAGUGACGGAGCCCACGGUCCUCAAAUCGGGAAAUCGCAUCAUCUUGGGGAAGAGCCAUGUGUUCCGGUUCAACCACCCUGUGCAGGCCAGAGCUGAGAGGGAGAGGACCCCAUGUGCCGAAACCCCUGUUGAGCCUGUGGACUGGGCCUUCGCCCAGAGGGAGCUGCUCGAGAAGCAGGGCAUUGACAUGAAACAGGAAAUGGAACAGAGGCUGCAGGAGUUGGAGGACCAGUAUCGCAAAGAAAGAGAGGAGGCCAAUAACCUUCUGGAGCAGCAAAGACUGGAUUAUGAGAGCAAGCUGGAGGCUCUUCAGAAGCAAGUGGACCGUUACUACCCAGAAGCCCCUGAAGAAGAGGAAGAGCCAGAGGAGGAAGUGCAAUGGACAGAGAGAGAAAGAGAGAUGGCUGUGUGGAGCUUUCGUAAGUGGCGCUGCUACCAGUUCACCUCUCUCCGUGACCUGUUAUGGGGGAAUGCCAUCUUCCUAAAGGAGGCCAAUGCCAUCAGUGUGGAACUGAAAAAGAAGGUUCAGUUCCAGUUUGUGCUGCUCACAGACACUCUCUACUCCCCCCUGCCUCCAGACCUUUUGCCCCCAGAGGCGAGUAAGGACAGAGAGAUGCGACACUUCCCACGCACCAUUGUGGCUGUGGAGGUGCAGGAUCAGAAAAAUGGAGCCACCCACUACUGGACAUUGGAAAAACUAAGGCAGAGGCUGGAUCUCAUGAGAGAGAUGUAUGAUCGCGCUGCUGAUGUGCCCAACAAUACCACUGAAGACUGUGAAAAUGUGAUGACUGGAGGGGACCCCUUUUAUGAUCGCUUCCCCUGGUUCCGUCUGGUUGGCAGAAACCCCAUUUUCAACACAUGCAUGAGCGAGCGCAUGAGUGACCCAACCCCAUCCCCGACCCUCUCCACCUCUGAAAUUACUGAGUUGGCUGACCCGCAGCGGGAGGGUCGAGGGGAGGAGGAGGAGUUGGAGGAGUUGGAGGACCUGGACGAUGAUAUCUUUUUGGACGACCCGUGCUUGGAGCUCGGGGGAGAGGAUGAUGAUGAUGAUGAUGAUGAUGAUGAUGAUGAUGAGGAUGAUGAUGAGGGAGAGCUCUGCCGAGGCUCCAGCGAAGGCCAGGAUCCCUUUUACGACCGCUCACCAUUAUUCAGUGUAGUGGGAAGGGCUUUUGUUUAUUUGAGUAACCUGCUGUACCCGGUUCCUCUUGUCCACCGCGUGGCCAUCGUCAGCGAGAAAGGAGAAGUGAAGGGCUUCCUUCGUGUGGCAGUGCAGGCCAUAUCAGGUGCUUUGUGUUUCCCUCCAGCUGAUGAGGAAGCUCCCGACUACGGCUCAGGAGUGAGGCAGUCAGGCACUGCCAAAAUCUCAUUUGAGGACCAGCAGUACGAAAAGUUCCAGUCCGAGUCCUGCUCUGUAGGACUGUCCCGUUCAGGGAUUUCCCAGGAGGAGCUUCGUAUAGUGGAAGGGGAGGGGCAGAAUGCAGAAAUGGUACCCUCAGCUGAUGAGGUCAACAACAACACAUGUGCGGCUGGUGCAGAUGAGCUGGAGAAUCCGCUGAAGGCCAGUUUGGACGGCCCACUUGACACAACACUGGAGCACCUGAAGAUUGGUAACGUCUUUACCUUCAGGGUGACUGUCCUGCAAGCCUCCAGCAUCUCUGCAGAAUAUGCUGACAUCUUCUGCCAGUUCAAUUUCAUCCACCGCCAUGAUGAGGCCUUUUCCACUGAACCCCUAAAAAACACAGGCCGUGGCCCUCCUCUUGGCUUCUACCAUGUGCAGAAUAUUGCUGUUGAAGUUACUAAAUCCUUUGUUGACUACAUCAAGACUCAGCCAAUUGUGUUUGAGGUGUUUGGACACUACCAGAAACAACCUUUUCUUCCUCUCUGUAAAGACGUCAUCAGUCCACUACGCCCCUGCAGAAGACAGUUCCCACGAGUGAUGCCUCUGUCCAAACCAGUUGACUCUGACGCCUCGCCGGAACGGGAGAAAUCGCUGGAGCUGAUCCGAUACCUGGUCCCAGACGUGUUCAAUGGGGUGCUGGUGGACUCGUUGUCAGACCACGCUCUGUCUGCCGCUGGCUUGGCUGCUUCCUUCCUACUGGAAGGAAACGAGCGAGCUCAGCUGACAGCUCCACCCACCUCUAUCUGUUCAGUUAUUAAAGCUCAGAAGCCGGUACCUGCCACCAAGCUGACAGCCAUGACCCGCCCGCAGGCAGGACCCUGCCACAGCAAAUAUGAUCUCAUGGUAUUCUUUGAGAUCUGCGAGCUAGAGGCCAAUGGAGACUACAUCCCUGCAGUGGUGGACCACAGAGGGGGAAUGCCUUGCCAUGGCACAUUUCUACUGCACCAGGGCCUUCAGAGGAGAAUCACUGUGACCAUUGUACAUGAGUCAGGAGGUGAUAUGGAAUGGAAGGAAAUACGUGAGCUUGUUGUGGGACGCCUACGCAGCACUCCUGAAGCUGAUGAGACCAUCAUUGACCCCAAUAUUCUCUCUCUCAACAUCUUGUCUGCUGGGUAUGUCAGGCCCAUGCAAGAUGACCGACAGUUUCUUGAUUCGGACAUGCCUAGCAUUUCCUUGGGACUUGACCAUAGGACCUUCUACCGCUUCGAGGCAGCAUGGGAUAGCUCCAUGCACAACUCCCUGUUACUAAACCGAGUCACUCCAUAUGGGGAGAAGAUCUACAUGACCCUCUCUGCCUACUUGGAGAUGGAGAACUGCACCCAGCCCGCAGUCAUAACCAAAGAUAUCUGCAUGGUGUUUUACUCUCGAGACACAAAGCUCUCAGCCUCCCGCUCUAUCCGAAACCUUUUUGGUACUGGAAGCCUGAGAGCCGCGGAUGGAAACCGUGUAACUGGAGUUUAUGAGGUCAGCUUGUGUAACCUGGCAGAUGCAGGAAGCCCAGGUAUGCAGAGGAGACGCAGGCGGGUGCUGGACACCUCAGUGGCCUACGUCCGUGGGGAGGAGAACCUUGCUGGGUGGAGGCCGCGUAGUGACAGCCUAAUUCUGGAUCACCAGUGGGAGCUGGAGAAACUCAGUCUCCUUCAAGAUGUGGAGAAGACCAAACAUUACCUCCUGCUGAGGGAGAAACUGGAGUCUACUCUGCUAAUGGGCCAGGAGUCCCUGCUGUCCUGUGUCACUGAGGAGCUCAGUGAGUCUCCUCAGCCCCCUGAACCCGACCAGGAGGUCAGCUCCUGCUCUGAAAUCACCACUGAGAGGCAGAGGGAACUCGCUGCCAAGUGCUUGCGGCUGCUCACUCACUCCUUCAACCGAGAAUACAGCCAUGUGUGUGUCAGUGCCAGCGAAAGCAAGAUCUCAGAGAUGUCUGUCACAGUGCUAAGAGACUCCCCUUCAAUCUCUGCUCUCAACACAAUCACACCCUCCACAACAUGCCCUUCUCUGGUUGAGGGUUGCUAUGUCAACACUGAACUCAGACCCCCUACGCCUCGCUCUCGUGCCGUCAGCCCCGGUCCUGACACACCGCAGGACGCAGAGGCCAAAAAGUCCAUCAAUGGAGCCUCUGACACCAAACCCCGGCCCCGCAAAUUUGUCCCUGAUAUCCAAGAGAUUAGAGUCAGCCCUAUUGUGUCAAAGAAGGGUUACAUACAUUUCUUGGAGCCACACACCAACGGAUGGGUGAAGCGCUAUGUUGUUGUGCGGCGACCGUACGUCUACAUCUACAACACAGAGAGAGACACUGUGGAGCGGGCCAUACUCAACCUCUCCUCUGCCCAGGUGGAGUACAGUGAGGACCAGCAGGCAAUGCUGAAGACCCCAAACACAUUUGCCGUGUGUACAGAACAUCGUGGGAUAUUGCUUCAAGCCACUAAUGACAAAGAGAUGCAUGACUGGCUGUAUGCGUUUAAUCCUCUCCUAGCUGGAACCAUCAGGUCGAAGCUGUCGAGAAGACGAGCCGGACAGAUGAGGAUGUGACUGAGCAAAUAUCAAGAGAGAAGGAUGAACACAAAGACUAAGAUGUACAUAGAUCCUUGUCCUUAUCCCUCCCCUUGUGCUGAGCCCCAUCCUCGCCCCCCUCCCCAACACAGUCACCAACAACCAUCUUUCCCCUGUACGUUCUCAGUUUAUCACUAGUGUCCUCAGCACCUAAAGCGCCCAUUUCUUGUCAGGCCUUUGCUGCGGUGUGAGUCUCGUAGUCUGAAGAACCUCUUCAUAAAGCUGUCACUGUACUGGAGUUUAUUCAUAGCUGGACGAAUGAAGAAAAUGGAGGAAGUAGCAACAGUUUCAUAUCUCAGAUUACAUACGUAUGGUAAUGUACUGUAGUUGUUGUCAGUGACACAUCAAGCCUUAUACAUUUAUUCCUUAAAAACUGCAGUGACAUUUACUUUUUACCUAAAGCUGCCAUGUCAGUGAGGAUCACAUUGCUACAUUUGCAUCCGUAAAAAUAGGCAAACAUGCAGAUUCUUCUCUACUCUACUCUACGGCUAUACAUAUAUACAGUGUCUGAACUGGUUUGCAUACAACGUACAGCUAGAAAAUACAUGCUAAAAGAAAAAAAAUGACACUUGAGUGUAACUCUUUAGAAUAACUCUCUUUUCUUUGUGGUCCAUGAAUCCUGACAUUGAGUAAUCUGCCUCCUAUUCCUAAAACCUCUUUGAAAUUUUAGCACACAGCCUGGCAAGGGAAUGGCAUAUCAUCAUAGACUUCAUGUUCUUGUGGCAUUUUGAUCAGUUUAUGUCGUUUUAGCUACUUGUUGGAGCACCGAGGGUAUCUACAUUCACACAAGUAAUCAAAUAUCAUCACCAAUAAUCCUCUCACGUUAAUCUCAUUCUCUACCUGAAUUUUAGUUCUUUUAAAAGUGAUAUAUUUAGAUAUUUAAUAGCUUUAUUAUUUAUUUCUGCAUGUAUUUAUUUACAAAGACAUUUAUAUUUCUAAAGUAGUAGUACCGUGCAAUUUCUGCACACCGCACUUUUUAAUAUGAGUUCCUUAAAUGUUUGAAUAAAACAACCUUGUCCCCUUGUAGUUAAUGCUAUUUAAACAAUUGAAUAACUUAAUGAUUGGCUACUUUCUUUAUGCUGAAGAUUACUUGAAUAAUACUGUCCCCUUUAAGAUUAAGAUAGUCACACGUGACCUUUGACCCAACUAACAUACAUCUGAAAAGGUCAAUAUAUUGUUAGGUAGAGAAUAUUAAGGUGGUGUGUCCAUCCUGAGCUGCACAAAGCUACCUUGAUAAAUGAUCAGAAGUAUAAAAUGUUCCUCACAGUACAGAAUAAGAAGCUGGUUUUCUGAAUAUGUAUAUUGAUUAAAUGUAGUGCCUCUCUUUUCAAUCAUACUGUACAGUAUGCCUCUGCACCAGUUGCUUUCAAACUACAUCCUUCAUGCUGCUAUAAUACCGUUCUGGAAGUGUCUGCAGAUCAUAUCACAUCACUCUCCUGCUUUUUAUCAUCAUCACUUACAUAUUCAGACAAAAAAGGUAUCAUUUAUGUUGAUGUUACAUAAAACAGCAAUCAGCUGUCAUAUUGUAUGAAAUUUCCACAACACAGAGUAUACUUCAUGUUUAUACAUUAAAAAGAUUGUCAGGAUUGUCAGAACACAUAUGUCUAUAUUUGGUAAACAAUCUUGCUAUGAAUUGAAAAAAAAUCAAUGUUGUUGACAAGUUGAAGGUCUGUUUUUUAUCCCUUCACCUGAUCUUGGAUGAACUUUGCAACUGUGCAUCUUCUAUUGCAUUUCAUUCAAAGUGACUGAAUCUGAAACUGAGCCUGUUCAAAUACUAGUGACAGAUAAAGCUUGUGAGAUGUUGUGUAAAGUUUGAAGGAUGAGCAUGCCUCAGGUCAGCCAGCCUAGACAGCAUGCCCAAUGACAUUACUACAUACUAGGACAACAUCUCAAAGCAUUAAACUGUUAUUUUUAUCAAAAUAUUGGCAAAGUAAGUUUUAGCAGGGGAUAUUAUAACAGGCAUUAAGUAUUUUGUUUUUAUUUUAGCUGCUGAGGUAAUGUAUUAUAUACCGUACUCUACUAUAAGAAUAUUUCCUGACACUGUAAAGUGUUCUCUGUGUUGUGGACAUUUUUUGAAGUGAUCCAAUCAAAACAUUUUACAGCCCUACAUAUGUGCACAACUGUUAGUAGUUGUGGUUCAUCAAUCUUUACUUUGUUGUGUAACAAGUUGGAUGAUCACUGUUAUGAUCAAAGUCUAUCGCAGACUUUCUCUGCAGAGCCUGCAGUUGUAUUUUAUCCAGCUAUAGCAUUGAGGAAUACCCUGAUGUACUGUACAUUACACUGUCUCUAGCACUCAUUUCUGUGUGCGCUUGGGAUUGCUCCAGUCUGAUCUCUGUGUUGAGAUUAUUCCUCGUGUUUUCUUUUAAUGUGCAUCACAUUUGAGCCAACCAAAGUUUUGUUGGUGCAGUCACAUACAAAAAAAAAAUCACACUGAAUGUACAUUGAUAUUUGAAAAUACUUAUUCUGCAGGAGUGGCUGUGUUGACUUGUCUUCUGGUUUCACAGUCUGGUUCCUUCAUUGAUUGUAGGUAGGUAACUAUCAGGGAACCAAAUGGAUGUUGUGGGAUAUACCUGUAAUAAUCUGUCCACUGAUGUGUGGGGGAAGGUUGGUUCAUUACGGCCCUGUUAGGCAUUGCAUCUUGCACAGAGUAAUGCUGUAGGUUAUUUUACGGUCACUCUUUAACUCUUAUAUGUACCUUCACCAUCAUGCUCUGACAGCCUUCACAAAAUCUACUUUUUUCUAAUCCCUCCCUAGCCCUUUGAAGGAAUAUCAUUUACAUUAUUGUGCUUCCACACCUCAUCUUUUUUUUUUUUUUUUUUUUGCACUAUCAAAUUGCACCGGUACAGUUCUUCUUUUUUUUCCUCUUCAAAUUAUUUUGCAUUGUAUAUAAACAUGAUUGCUGUGAACAGUGUAUUAUAAAGUUGCACCCAUUUACAAAAUCAUAAAUGGGCAGUAGUUCAGUCAGUGUCUCUGAGUGUUGGAGUUUAGCGUCAAAUGUUUGUGUACACUAAACACAUUGUCAAAUAUUAAAUAAACAUGGAAAUUAUGCAACACAAA